AUGCAGAUGACUGAGGCCACGUUGGGGGCGGUGAAGCCGGAGAGCGGGCCGCUGCAGGCGAGAUCCGCGGCACAACCACCCGACCGUGCGGAACUGCAGCAGAUGGUAGCACGGGAGGUCGCACCUGCGGUUUGUGAGGCUGUCGCCGAGGCAGUGAGGCGACAGCAGCGGGAGCAGGCAGCGGCUGCUCAGCGCCAGAAUGAGGAGAUGAUGGAUGUGCUGCGCGAGGUAGAGCGCCGCGUCACUGUGCUUCAGCGGCGGGUGGACACGAUAUCGCACGAGCACCGCAAGGCGUAUAAACUAUUGGGCCGCCUUUGCUGCGCCAUUGAAGGCGCCACGCCCGAGCCACCCUCGCAUGGGGAGAUGGAGCCAGUUCGCGUGGGUGGGCUUUUCAACGCGCUCCUGCAGGAACUUGAGGCGGGUCGUCUGGAUGCGGUGCGACUCCUUUUGGUCGCUGGUCUGGCCCCUUUUCUGCACGAGGCCCAGGGAGAAUUGCGGCAUCGCCAACGGACACAAUCGCAGAAAGAGGAAACUGAGGCAGAGGAAGCAACGAGAGGUAUAACGGGGUCUGAGAUGCGAGUCAUCACCCACACCGUCUCUUCUUCUAGUGGAGCUCCCGGUGCGCCCCAGCGACUGACGCAGCGGCCAUCGACAAUUCUCGCGCCACCUUCUCUCUGCGACGCUGUUGUUUCUAGCGCCAAGUUGAAGCAGUGGCGGACGCUGCAUCCCUCACUGGAUACUGCCACCGCGUUGGAGAGCAGCAAGAGGGGCGCCGCGGGGAUUGAGGAAGUGGUCCUGCAACGCCGUUCAGAUAACGGAGGUGCUUUGGAUGGGGUGCACCCCUAUGCCAGCGCGCCAGCCAAUCCGUGGCCUCAGGGUAUGAUGGGCAAUGCCAACAACAACUCCGCCGUCCAUUCUUUGUGGGGCGCUACGCCACGCCAGACGGUUGAUUAUACGGGCGGCAGCAGUGGCCGGAGUGUCAGUCUUAGUUGCCGCCGAAGCCCACGGUUGGACAUUGAGGCGGUUGAUGCCGCAUGCGACCUGUUGCCGGCGCACCUGGCAAAAAAAGUUGCAGGCGGCGGGGUGCGAGUGCUGGCGACGGCGCGAGACGGGAUUGCGGCUCGCAGUGGGGUGCUAGCUGGCGACAUCAUUUUUGCUCUUGGGAACCGUUCUGUGCCGACGUGCGGGCGGUUGGCUCAAGCCUUGGAGGACGCCUGCGCCGCAGGGUACGAUGCGACUGGGUUGAAGUUGCACGUGUAUCGUCAUAGCGUUAGGGAAGAACUCGCUUUGUCGCUCGUGUGA